UAACAGUUAGUUGACUCAUAAAUAUCUGCCAGCCCACACGGACGCACAAAAUAACUGAGCGGCGAAUCGGUCAGUGAAUGCAGCACAUACUGUUSGAGCGUUUUGUUCCCUCUGGGAAAGACAAAAACUCUUACUUUAGUUUCUGURUAUUUUUGAGUUUACUUUAYGGGACUUCAAAAGGAUUAAGAAAAAACCACCAGGUAAGAUUUAUUUUUUGGUUUUCGGGAUGCUUCCCUCAACUUUCCUCCUCGCCACACUSUGCGUUUUUGCGCACUUGGACACCUUGGACACAUUUACGCACGGCUGCCAGCUGCCUUCCGAGUGGCGGCCGCUGAGCGAGGGCUGCCGGGCGGAGCUGGCGGAAAUCAUCGUGUACGCCCGGGUCCUGGCGAUCCACCGGGAGCAGCUGGGCUUGAAGACCUUCAGCCUGCACAACGCGCUGCCCCUCGGCUUCGGCUACGAGAGCGCGGAGGAAGGGCUGCUGUACUCGGCGGAGGUGGAGCUGUUGUGCGACCAGGCCUGGGGCAGCAUGCUGGAGGUGCCCUCUGGAUCCAGGCUCAACCUGACCGGACUKGGGUACCUGUCCUGUCAGUCCCACACCGUGAUGGAGAACUACUCCUACUUCUUUUUCCUCAGGGCUGCUGUGUUCCUCGGUGCAAUCGGCGCUGUUCGAGGAGGAGGAGCGCGGCCGGAAGCUGCAGGAGCGCCUGGCCGCGGCCGAGAGAAGGAACCGCCAGCUAAAGGAGCGCGUUCGCAAGGUGAAGYGGUCCCUGAGAAACGCUCGUAAAGCCGCGCACAGGGCGGAGCAGGAGGCCCGGGAGCUGCAGGAGAAGCUGAAGGCUGCAGAGAGGAGGGUGGGCCAUCACCUCAACGCYGUGACCCAGGAGGACAACCCGCUCGGGGGUUACACGAGUGCAGCAAUACGGCAGAGGAUGCAGCUUUAAMUUUUAGAUUUUGACCACAAACUGCAAAACUACCUACGGGACUAAAAACACAUUGGGGCGUUGAAGAGACUGCUGGACGGUCUUUUUGCAAAGACAUAUAUCACAUGAGUAAAACUUUGAUCUACAUAUUAUCUUUUUUGUGAUUCUUGCAAUUUUAUUCCCUUGAGUACAAACAAAUAAAUAUUAAAGUUCUGGAAUAUUAGGUUAGRUAGUUUACUUUCAUUGCACUCAUUUUGGGUUGAUUUUUAAAAGUGUCUCUGGCUCAUUGGAAUCGUUGACAAAUUAUAUAAUACUGGAUUGAAUUUGCUUUUGCUUGUUGAGAAUCGAAGCCAGCAGGAGACAGCUUAUGGGAGCUGCCAUGUUAAAUUUUUGGAAUCAGAGUCUGUGCACUAACAAUGUGGGGCUGUAAGUCCCGCCUACUCCCGUUGCACCCAAUCAUUGUGUCACUUGGCCGUUUGAAACGCAAAAGAAAAACAAAGAGCUAAACAUGUUUUUAAAAAUUAAUAUUUUGCAUUUUUUUAUUUCGUUUUACGAAGGUAACAUCCUGCUURUUUUCAUGGAGAAGACACAACUUGAAGCAUUUACUGGCACCGUCUUAAGAGGAUGCUGGUUGGUUCUCUUCUAGCUUCAAAUCUCAGAAUCCUGUGGUCCAGUAUAUUAWAAAGCACGGUGGGGAUAGGAAUCAAACAGAUUUAGUCUUCCUGAGACAACAAACUGAUAUAUUAAGAUUUAUCAAGCUUGAAAAUUCUUAUARCAGGAAAUUAUUUCAAAUAUACAAACAGAGGUACUUUGUCAGCAACCAAACAGAUUUAAGGUAAAAAAAAAGUCACAUCUAUUGACCAUUUCCAAGUGUUAUGACAUCAGUACUGAAUGAAACUGGGCAAAACAGUAAAUCAUUAGUGUUUGCAGAAUAACUGUUGCAUUAUCUCGAGAAAACAAGCCAAGCCAAUCGUUUUCUCAACUAGGCACAGAUAAUGGAGCAAUCACCUGAUAGGUUUGAAAGGUUAGAUCCAAAUAAACAAUAUAAAGGUGCUGUUGUUCUCAGCUUCAGUUACAAAUUAACUCCCAAACCUUUGAAACAAAAAAAUCAACAAUAAUAAUAGGGAAUGGAACAUGUCAUUUAUUUUACCUGCUAGUUUACGUUUUACUACUUCACAAAGGUUAUUGUUAACUUUUAUGAGUUUAGGACCUUUUUGUUCACAAAAGAACUUCUGCGUUCACAAACUCUAGCACAAGGUCCCAUUGUAAUCUGGUUCAUUUUAUGGAUCUGGGUCAAUCGGAAUAAUUCAAUAAAGUGAUCACGUUCACUAGAGUCAGUAACUUAUGUUAAAGGUAUAAAUCUACGCAGAACAUAUGUUGAUGCAGCAUUUCUGGUGGCUCAUUAUCAUAAAGCAGUGACCUGACUCAUCUCAAUUCAAAGUAUUUCCUGUGAUUCUGUCCACACUGAAAGGAAGAUUUUGUUCAGAAAACUGAUUAAAGUAACACUUUUGAGAA